AUGCCUGCAAAAUCCAGCCACAAGCAGAAGAGAAAAGUUUGGUCCGUCAAAGAGAAGAGAGAAGUACUGGCUUACGCUAAAUUACAUGGCAAUACUGCAGCAAUCAACAAGUAUGAAUGCACCGAGUCAUCUUUUUAUGAAGCCCAACGUGAAGUUUACAGCACAAGAGAAAGCCACUCCGCUCUAUUUGAACACUGCUCUAAUCGAGGAACUACUGUAUGCCACGGAAGAGGUAAUUGCACCUCUCCAGACAGGUGUGAAUGUAUGGAUCAUUAUGCAGGUCCCGAUUGUCAGUAUCCAAAAUGUUUUGGACUUUCGAGCAAUGAUUCAAAUGUUUGUUCCCAACAUGGUGCCUGUGUCGAUGUGAAUACAUGUCAUUGUCAUGAAAAUUAUGGUGGUUCCAAUUGUUCCAUUCCCAAAUGUUUUGGUAUUUUAUCCACGAACAGCACUCACGUGUGUCAUGGAAGAGGAAUUUGCCAAAGCGUCAAUUUAUGCCAAUGUACCAAUUCGAGCGAAUAUGGAGGAAAUUCAUGUGAAUGGACAAGAUGUUUUGAAAUUUUGGAAAACAAUGCACAAGUAUGUUCUGGUCAUGGUACUUGUGUGGCACCCAAUUCCUGUCAAUGCCAACAAGGAUAUUCCGGAACUCAAUGUCAGACUCUAAAUAAUUAUGCUUGUUUUUCCAAAUUGACCACAGAUCCUAUGGUGUGUUCUGGUCAUGGUACUUGCAUCGCUCCAAAUCAAUGUCAAUGUGAGAAUAAUUAUUUUGGAGAGACUUGUUCUGUGACUGCAUGUCAUGGAAUAAUGUCCAACGAAUCUACCGUUUGCAAUUCGGCGGGAAUUUGUACUUCUCCCAAUGUGUGUCAAUGUCAAGCCGGUUACACAGGUUCAACUUGUGAACAUGUCAUGUGUUUUGGAAUGGAAUCGAAUCGUACCAGUUUUGUCUGUUCUGGACAUGGAGAUUGUGUUUCACCAAACCAUUGUCAAUGUCAUUCUCAGUGGACAGGAGUGAAUUGUGGUGUUCCAUUGUGCAAUGGAAUGUCCCCUUCCAAUCCAAAUGUUUGUUCAGGCCGUGGAAGUUGUACUUCUCCCAAUGUGUGUCAAUGCCAAGCCGGUUACACAGGUUCAACUUGUGAGAUUGUGUAUUGUCAUGACAAGUUAUCCAACGAUCCCAAUGUUUGUUCAAGUCAUGGUACUUGUGUUUCACCAAAUUCAUGUCAAUGCAUGUAUGGUUAUUCUGGAUCGAAUUGUCAAGUACCAGUAUGUUUUGGAAAGAAUGCCAAUGAGGUUCGCAAUGUAUGUUCUGAUUGCUCCGUGUUGGCCUCAUUGGUCCUGAACACAUUCCAACCCUCUUAUAUUCAUGUUAACCAAUAUCAUGGCGAUGUGUAUCGGUCACAUACCGAUCAACAUUCAAUCACGAAACAAGUUUCAACAACCAUUCAAGUCAUUGCUGGUAAUGGAGUUGCUGGAUUUAGUGGAGAUGGAGCGCUGGCAAGAACCGCUCAACUCAAUCAUCCCAAAGGAAUAUUCGUUACAUUUAGUGGUGAAAUUUAUAUUGCAGAUUGUUAUAAUCAUCGAAUUCGAAAAAUUGAUAGCCAAGGAAUCAUUUCUACAGUGGUUGGACGUGGUAAUACUCCAGGAAUGAGUGGGGAUUUUGGUUCAGCCUUAAAUGCUCAAUUGAGUUUUCCAGAAAAUGUAUACUUGUCUAAUUCUCUUGAAUUGUACAUUGUCGAUACGGGAAAUCAUAGAAUUCGCAAAGUCAAUCGAAAUGGAAUCAUUCAAACCAUUGCUGGAAAUUCUUCGAGUGGAUUCAAUGGUGAUUCAUUAUUAGCCAUUGAUGCCCAAUUGAAUACUCCAAAGAGUGUGGCUGUUGACAGCCUUGGACAAGUAUUCAUUGCAGAUUGUAAUAAUCAUCGAAUUAGAAAAAUCAAUGUGGCAGGAAUGAUUUCAACAGUGGUUGGAGAUGGCAUUGGAGGAGAAUAUUUAAUGUAUCCAACCAGUGUGUUUGUAACCAAUCAAAACGAAUUAUUAGUUACCGAUUCUGGCCAUAAUCGAACUGUAUUUAUUAAUUCCAACGGUACCUUAUCAACAAUUGCAAGCUCGACCAAUUCGACACCUUUGAGUGUUUUCGCUUCCAACAAUGGGGAAAUUUUCAUUGCAGAAUCGACCAGCACUUGGGUUCAAAAAAUUUACUCUCAAGAAUUGACCAUUUCCAAAGGAAUUAUUUCAACCAUUGCAGGUACUGAUGAGAAGGGAUAUUCUGGUGAUGGAGAUUUGGCCACUCGCUCGUCUUUAUGGAUGCCAAUGAGUGUGUUUGUGAAUCAUCUCGGAGAGAAUUUCAACACUCGCAGGACUGAAGGGUCAUUGGGGAUUUCGUGGAGAUGGAUCUAUGGCUUCUUCAUUCGCACAAUUCAAUUUGCCCAUGAGAAUUUUUGUGGUUCACUCCACAAACAUGAACCAACAAAUGCAAGGACACAUUUUCAUGGUGGACUCGAUGAAUCAUCGAAUUCGAGCCAUCCAUUCAGACGGAAUCAUUUCAAUGGUCAAAUUGGAUACAAUGGUGAAGAUAUUUUAGCAAUCCAUGCACAUUUACAAUAUCCUCACAGUGUACAUGUUUCACAAUUUGGAGAAAUUUACAUUGCAGAUACAUAUAAUUUUAGGAUUAGAAAAGUAAAUACAGAAGGAAUCAUUUCAACCAUUGCUGGUGUGGGUGAAAUGGGAUUUAGUGGAGAUGGUGGUCAAGCCAUUCAUGCAAAAAUUAGUAAUUGUGAAAGCCUUUUUGUCACCAAUGAGGGAGAAGUAUUUUUUACGGAUACCUUUAACAACCGUAUUCGAAAAAUAGAUGUGAAUGGAAUUAUUUCAACCAUUGCUGGAGUGGGUGAAAGUGGUUUCAGUGGUGAUGGUGGUCAAGCCAUAGAUGCCAAAUUUCAAUAUCCUCACAGUGUGUUUGUUUCCAACAUGGGAGAAGUGUUUGUGGCCGAUUCGUGUAAUCAUAGAAUUAGAAAAUUUCAAUUGUAA